ACACUAAUUUACAACAAAUAUAAUAUAUCUAAAGUUUCUAUCAUUAAUUCUGUUCAAUUCGCGUUGAAUUUUAUGCACAGUGAUCAUGAAGUUGCAGUGAGGUCUAGUAGAUACAUAAUUAUUAGAAUUUAGGUUAAGUUCAUCUGUUUUUUUGUAAAUAUAGUUUUUAAAAGACUUUCUAUGAAUGUGAAGCCAAUUUUGGUGCUAAUUAUCAGUGGAAACGAUUGUUAAUUACUUUGAUAAUGGAGCGUGAUACUAAUCAAACGACUUUCGACGUCAAUGUGCAUUUUGUCGUGCUUGAUAAGUAUGAAACUGAAAAAAACUGCAAUGAUGAUAUGUGGGAAGCUUAUAAUAAAUGUCCUGACUUAGAUAUUUUGCCUGAAUGGAUAUCAGAAGAUCAUUGUUUGCAAAUGAAACCCAACAGAAAGGAUGUUUUCAUUUUGGAAGAAUUUGAUGGAAAAGCAUUUGACUAUUUGCUAGGAUUUCACUGCAUGAUUAUUGGACCUCGUUGUUUACUAUCAUGUUUUUUGACUGGAGAACCUAUUCCUGAUGGUUCAAGUCCAGUAUUUAAUACUGCGAUGAGAGAUGUUAUUGUGAGUGCUUCAGGAUUUUCUGGAGCUAAAAAAAAUGAAAUACAAAAGAAAGUUGAGUAUAUGGGUGGACAGUUCACUAAACAAUUGAGAAGUAGUGUAACUCACUUAAUCACAGAUACUGUAAUUUCUGCUAAAUAUGAGAGAGCAGUUGAAUUAAAUAUUAAAAUAGUCACUAUUGACUGGAUAAAAUCUGUAUGGGACACUAAUUUACAUGAAAUUAUACCAGCGACUGAUUCAAUUUUCGAUAAAUACAGGUGUCCAGUAUUCUAUAAUUUAGUUGUAACUUCUACAAGCCUUAACAAAAGGCAAAAGGAGGAUGUAAAAAGAUUAAUUACUAAGCAUGGUGGUGAAUUCAUGGGCAUAUUAGAUGGAACAAAAGUUAAAAUUGUUAUUACUGUAGAAACAAAUAGUUUAAGUGAAAAAUUGAAGUAUGCUAUGCAAAAUGAUAUUCCCUGUUUGAAACUUGAAUGGGUUCAUGAUAGCAUUGCAACUGGCUAUUCUUUGCCCUUUAUCAAAUAUGUAAUUAAAUCAACUCAAGCAUGUUCUACUCCAGAGAAAUGUUCAGAUCUGGAGCCUUUUGAUCUUACUUCUAUCAGUGUAAUACCUGGUGAACAUAAAAAUGCAUUUGUUGAUGAAACAAUGGCAUCUGCAACUACUAUGAGUUCUACUAUGAUGAGUUCAACUUUAAACGUUCCUGUAGUUACAAGAACUUCUUAUAUUACAGUUGUUGAAAGAUUAAAUGCAGCAGAAGCUAAGAAGGCUGGUCCCUUUUUAGAUGGUUGCAAUAUCUACUUGACAGGAUUUUCAUCAAAUUAUAGAGAUAAACUAAACAGGAUAUUGAAUGUUGGUAGCGCCACCCGACUCGACGAAAUAUCAGAUGCCUUAACUCAUGUGAUAAUUGGAGAUCCCAUGAAAGCUGAACAAGAUCUACGAACUAUUAAAUCAAAAGGUUUAUAUCCUUUUUUGUUGAAAGUUGAAUGGUUAGAAGAAUGUAUAAAAAUUCAAGCACCAGCAACUGAGGAAAACUUUAUUUUUGAUGGAAUUGUUAGUCGUCAAAAGUCAAUUCCUGAACCCCCAUCACCGUUAAGUAAAAAAAAUUUACAACUUUUACAACGACCAAAGAUUCCAACUGUUCCAUUGUUUGACGAGCCUAAGCCUGAAAAACCCGUUUCAGAUGAACACUGCAAAAUUGUUGAACAGUAUCUUCAAAAGAGUACUUCAAAACCAGACAAUACGUUACGUGAAAUAUUGAAGCUUCCAAGCACUGACAAUUUGAAAAGCACAAUCAAUGCGUCAAAAGAACAAACGUUUGCAGAACGUUGGAACGAGUCUGUAAGAAGACAAAUUGAAAACACUUCUAACAUGGAUCGAGAUGACAGCGCGAUACCAAUCAGUCAAGAAUCUUUUGUUAGUCAAAAAAUAUUUCAAGGUUUAACUUUCGUCCUUAGUGGUUUCAAAGGCGAUGAAUAUACACAAGUAUUAACUCAAAUUCGCGGAUUGGGUGGGAAAAUAGUUGGUGAUAAUUAUUCUGGUAUACCCGAUUAUGGUGUAGUACCUAUGUUUGGUGCCGAAUUCAAACACACAGUCACGGAGAUUGUCACGGAUAUAUUCAUCGAAGAUUGUAUCGAUAACGAAAAAGUAGUUAGAGUUGCGUAUUAUCACAGGCCUAUUCAAAUUCCAAACAAUACAAAACCUUUGGAAAAUUGCGUUAUUGGUAUGAGUACAUAUUCUGGAGCCGAGAGGACCUACUUAUCUCAACUGUCCGAAGCGCUUGGAGCAAGGUAUCAGGAUACUUUUGCUCGUAAAACCAAUCCUCAGAAAAAGACAUACAGCAGCACGCACUUAAUCUGCCCAAAGCCACAAGGCGACAAGUAUAGUGCGGCAGUCAAGUGGAGAUUACCCGCUGUUAAUGCGGAAUGGUUACUUAGAUGCGCCUCGGAUAUGAAACUUGUUGACGAAACUCCGUAUCUCAUUGGUGAAACUAUGGCGCCUGAACGAUCUAAUACUACAACAAAAGGUAACGAGACAAGCACUAUGAAACCACCAACAGAUCCUACUGCAAAACAUCCAGUAUUCAUUAACGCUGAAGAGUUUGGAGAAGGAUCCAGUGAAACGCCCGUCAUUAACAAGAGAAUCAAAAGUCUUAUUAAUGGGAAAGUGCCGAAGUCACCAUUCCAUAUAUCUACUCCUGACACUCCGUAUGGACAAGUGUUUAAAGAUAAUCCUUCGCCAGCUACCCGAAAAGGAUGGGUCAAAUGGAUAGAUCAUUUUCCUGAAAUACCAGUUGAAGAGCCACCACCCAAGCGAAGAAAAAGCACUCCUUUUUCGGAGGUGAAGAAGAAAGCCUGGGAUUGGGUUACAGGGCGAUCAAAUGAAGAUCAGGAUGAGGAUAAUGGUAGAGAUGAGACAUACGACCAAGACAUAAAUAGCGCAGGCACAGAACCAGUAGCUACGCACAUAAUGACAAAUAGGAGACUUUCAUUUUCGGAUGAUGGUAGUCCAAAAAAACCAGACCCUGAAAUAAAUAAAAAAAUGGCUCAAUUAGGGGAACUACUUCAAAAAGCUUCGAGUACUCCUGAAGCGAGACAAUCAUUGAGUGCUGAACAUACAAAUCCAUACCACCUAGAAUCUAAUCAACCUUCGGGAAGAUGUCUAAUUAAGGACUCUCAACCUGAUUCCGUAGGCUGGGAAGAUCCUGUAAGAAGGGUUCCUCCUCCUCAAAGACAGUCUACUAUUACUGAAGAGCCUGAAGCUACCGAUUUAACCAACGAUGACGAUGAAAACGAAUCUGACGUGGAAGAAUUCAAAAAACCAAAAUUCAUGUUUUCCGGCAUAAAAGAUAAGGGUAUUGCUGAAAAAUUUAUAAAAGAACAUGGUGGAGAGGUUUCUACAGAGUCAUCUUUCGAUCCAACAGCAACGCACUUACUUUGCUUAAAGCCUGCUAGAAAUGAGAAGAUUCUUAGUAGUAUAGCAGCAGGCAAAUGGGUUCUUCAUUAUCAUUAUAUAGAAGCUUGUAUCGAGGAAAAUAAGUUCAUAAACGAAGAAGAGUAUGAGUUAGGUAACCCUAAAAGUCAAGGCAUAAUACCAGAUCCAAGCAGUGAAAAUGAAAAAGUCAUAAUGGCUGCUGCACAUAGAUGGAGGCUUAAGCUUCUAAAGGAUCCAGGAGGCGCUUUUCAAGGCAUGAUUGCUCUACUAAUCACCCAAAAAGAAAAGAAAGAACAAUUUGUAAGAUUAAUUAAUGCUGGUGGUGGAAAAGUAAUGGAAACGAAACCGCCGUACGAUAAUAGUCCGAAAAGUGGAAAAAUCUCACACUGUUUUAUUCAAUUGAAGGGUAUUGAUCAACAAGUGGAUUGGGCAAUGAUGGCAAGUAAAGGAAUCAUGUGUUAUCCACCUCAGUAUCUGAAUGAUCAUCUGAUGACGGAAAGCCCACUGAAUCCUCGCGAUUGCGUAUUACCAGAAUUUAAAAAGUAUUUAUCUCUCAUGCCAAAAUAAGUCGAUUUAUAUACCUCCAUUUUUUACGUUCUUUAUUGAACUCUAUGAGAAGUAUUGUAAAAUAUAGAUUGUGCGUUUGAGCUUACUUAUUGCAACGUAAAAAAGAAUUAUUGUCGUGUUGUGGAAAAUGUGAGCGUGACAGUAAUAAUUUACACAGAAUUUUUCUCAAGUUAUUAAAAAAAAUAACAUUACUGAAAGAUAAUUAUUAAUUACCGGUGAUUAGAGACCUAAAAUUCAAAUGAAUUCCACACGAAGGAGCACCGAAUAAUUUUCGGAUAUCCAUUUCACUUUUGUACUUCGGAUCCUAUUUAACCCCAUUUAAUCCAAUAACCCAUGAGAUUUCUUAUGCUCGAAGAGUCGUGAUCAGUUCAACCAUACUUAUCAAUAUAUCUGUGCGUUUAACUACAUAAAAAAUAUGAUUUUGACAAUCUAUACUUUUUAAUUAGCUUCUCGAAGAAAUAUAUUCUUUACCAAUACAAAUUCAUGGACCGUCUCCAAAAGACAUAAAAGUAAAUGGUUUGAUCAAUUUUUUUUCUUUUCUUCAUUAAACGUGUCUGGAUCGUAUGCCGUAGAAUCGGAUGAUGUCGAGGAUCACAGUGCGACUCCAAUAAAUUUGCGAAUACUGUGGUACUUCUCUCAAUAGCAGCGUUGGUAUCCGAAAUUCGAGUGAAAUGAAAUCGCGUCCAAUAACUUCUCAGUUAUCUCCGACGAUUUGAAGAAUAUUCGCUCAUCUUGUAAUCUUUGACAGC